UUCUGCGGCUUGCGGUCAGAGUCUCGCGAGACUUACAAUAUGGAGGCGGAGUCCCAGCCUAAAACCAUGGCUGAUAGUGACGGGGAGACACUGGAGUCCUGGCUGAAUAAAGCCACAAACCCCUGCAACCGACAGGAGGACUGGGAGUAUAUCAUCAGCUUCUGCGACCAAGUCAACAAGGAGCUAGAGGGCCCUCAGAUUGCCGUCAGGCUGUUAGCACACAAAAUCCAGUCCCCGCAAGAAUGGGAAGCUUUGCAGGCCCUAACUGUGCUGGAGGCCAGUAUGAAGAACUGCGGCAGGAGAUUUCAUAGUGAAGUGGGAAAGUUCCGCUUCCUAAAUGAGCUGAUUAAAGUUGUGUCGCCGAAGUAUCUCGGAGACAGGAUUUCAGAGAAAGUAAAGAGUAAAGUGAUUGGUCUGCUGUAUAGCUGGACUGUUGCCCUUUCCGAGGAGACCAAGGUCAAGGAAGCUUACCAGAUGCUGAAAAGGCAAGGUAUUGUUCUCGCAGACCCUGAAAUCCCUGUGGAUCGCACCCUGAUUCCCUCCCCUCCUACAAGACCCAAGAAUCCCAUAUUUGAUGAUGAGGAGAGAUCCCGGGUUUUGGCCAAACUGCUGAAAAGUAAGAACCCAGAUGAUCUUCAGGAAGCAAACAUGCUGAUUAAAUCCAUGGUGAAGGAGGAUGAAGUGCGUAUGCAGAGAGCAAGUAAGCGUACUCACACCUUGGAAGAGGUGAGCAACAAUGUGACACUGUUGCAGGAGAUGCUGACACAUUAUAGCAACGACUCUUCAGAUGGGGACAAGGAACUUAUGAAGGAACUUUACGAAAGGUGUGAAAUGAAGAGGCUUGCCCUGUUCAAAAUGGCAAGUGAGACAGAGGAUAACGACAGUGCGUUGGGUGACAUCUUGCAGGCAAGUGACGAUUUAUCUCGGGUCAUCAACCUGUACAGAAAAGCACUAGAAGGUCAAGAUAUCAAUGGGGACAUCAAUCUUCCAGAUGCACAUGGAAAAAAAGGAGCCACCAACCACAAGGACUUUUCCACUCUCAUCGAUCUGGCAGACCCUGAGGAAGAAUUAACCACCCAAACAGAUCCUGUGCCAUUCCCACCAAUGCCAACAGAACAAGCACAGCCAGAGCAGCCACCUGCACUGAUUCCUGUUCUCCCUCCUCCUCCACUAGUCUCCACCCACUCUCGUGGAUACUCCUCCAACACAGAUCACUUUCUCACUCAGAUGAAAAGUGCAUCAGACUCGCUGUGUCUGCUAGAUGAGGAGCUUUUGCAUCUAGGUUUGGACGAUCCAGCACAAAACACACAAUCCAAUGUGUCCCAGAACACCAUGGGUGAUAUGCUUCAGGUGGAAAAGAGUGAACUAGACUUCUUUGCAGGACCAGACUGUGAUCCCAUGGCCCCAACAACAGUUUACCAAAUGCAGGCAAUGCCCCUGCAGCCCUUAUGCCCAUCUACUGUUGCUCCAAUCUAUUAUGCACAUAGCUCUGCUACUUUGUUUAGUAGUAUGCCCACAGGACCCCUAAUUGCUCCCACAUCAGUCCCACCAACAGGCAGGGUACCCCUGGAAGCUACUGGACAGCAGCUCCUGGAAGGAGCUAUAUGCAGCUCAUCUGCUGUUCAUGUAAGACCUCAACUCCCUAUGGGGGUUGUACAUGUUGCUGCACAGUGCCCUCUGCCUGUGGCUCCAGGAAGUCCACUUUUUCUUCCACUGCAACAAGGAAGCCCCCAGAAAUGUUCCGAUAUAUCUCUUUCUACUGUGAAUGUCCCCUUGGAAACAAUAAAACCCAGCUCACUUCUUCCUGUAACUGCCUUUGACAAAAAUGGUUUCCGGGUCCUCCUGCACUUUGCCAAGGAGUGUCCACCUGGUCGGCCCGAUGUAUUGGUGGUGGUGGUUUCCAUGUUGAACACAGCCCCCAUGCCAGUUCAGAAUAUUCAACUACAAGCAGCCGUGCCCAAGACCAUGAAAGUUAAACUGCAGCCUCCAUCUGGGACAGACCUGUUGCCAUUUAAUCCUAUCCACCCCCCUGCAGCCAUCACACAGGUCAUGCUACUGUCAAACCCACUGAAGGAGAAGGUCAGACUUCGGUAUAAGUUAUCAUUCAUGCUGGGGGAGGAGUCAAACACAGAGGUGGGAGAAGUGGACCAGUUUCCAGAACCUAAUCUAUGGGGGAUACUAUGACCCCAAAUCCAUUCUCUCCCUUAGACUGUGAUUCAGAGUGGAAAGUGACACUACUCCCAAGAUCCACAUUGUUUACAUGUUCUUUCUGAGCUGCGCCGUUGCAGAUGGAGGAUGAAAGAGACCCUCACAGCACUUUAUUUCAUUCUUCUGAGCGUGCUCUCUCAACUCCCGUCUGGGUUAUUCUUUUGGCACUAACACCUCACUCAUUGCCAAUCUUGAUGGAUUAAGUAGUAGAAGGGAUUCAUUCUUCCAAAUGCUAGUACAGAUUAAAAAGAUAAACCCAACAGCUCCAGACAUUAGACCCUUCUUUAUUGAUCCUGAAGUCUCUUCCUCCUCCAUAACUGUGACAUGGUGGAUGAUCAGUCUCCGGAUGAUAUUUCCUUAUUUGCAGUAUUAUUUAAGUGUUAUUGACAGAAUGGGCACAUUCUGAACUGCAGUUGCCUGGUAACAUGUUCCUCUUUGCACUGUUUUGUUAGUUUACAAGUCUACUUUACAGAUUACCACGCCCAUGGCACCAGCUAUGUUACAAUCCAUGUGGGUUUUUGCAGUUGCUUUCUACUAAAGAUCAGGACCAAAAUACAAUAAUUCUUGCUUCAGGCAAGGGGAACUGUUACUGCUAUUGACUUACCUGUAGCAAUUCAACUGUUAAAAUAGGAAUCACUUGGCUUGGGUAGUGCGAUUCAUCAAUAAGUGGCAUAAAAUACCCAUCACUGACCUAGGCGGUGUCUUUGUCUCUGCUCCUAAGCAAGCCACUCACACUGGAAGCCAUUAGCUGUCUGUCCCAUGCCCACUGGGACCCCAGCUGUAAGUCAUUGAUCACUUAGGAUGAACAAGUCUGUUUCUUUUUGUUGUGCAAAAUGUUUGAAAAAGAAGUCUGAUCAUAGUUUCAAAUCUGAAGUUUGCAUGUUAAAUAAAAGUUUGUUCUCUA